CCAAGGGAAAUAUGUGUCAACUUUCAUGGAACUUCCUUCUGUAAUUGCGUGGCGGGAAAUUUUCUUAUUCAAAACUCAUGCUCUGGAGGUAAAGAUUUCUGAAAUAUUCUCUUCUAAUCUUUCGUACGAAGUCUUUAAAAAUGGCUUAUUAUUGUGCUAAACGUAGGUUCUCUUCCUUUUGCUGAUGUUUUUGAUAAAAAAUUUGUACAAAAACCUUUGGAGCUUUUAUCCAGGUGUUGCCUGCCCCAGCAGCUAUCUUUAUUCUUGUCUUACAUCAUUCAGGUAUAGUUGUCAUAGUUGAUCAAUUUCAUAUGAGUUUCAAGUCUCAGCGGAAAGGGUUGUACUGUUUUAGUCAUCAUGUACACAACGGUUUUGUAUGGUGUUUUUUUUUUUCAGUUUACACUGGCAGCUACAACAUUGGCUUUUUAAUAUACAAUGGAAUGAGUAUCGAUGAAUUCCAGAAAGGAAACUUUGCAAAGGAACUAGCAUUAGUCAAAGGAAUUGGGAAAACAUUUAACAUCUCCAGCACCAAAACAAACAUCGGCAUAAUUACCUAUUCUAGUGGAGCAAGCGUCAGGCUGGGAUUUGGAGACAUUUCAUCUCAGGCUGCCUUAGAGAGCUCUCUAGACGCCAUAACGAUGAGCGGAAGUGGACGUAACAUAGCAAGGGCAUUGCUCUUGGCC